AUGGAACCCAUGGCGGCUGAUCUUAUGGGCAUUCACGCUGACCGCGAAACUGAAGCAAUAGGCCCUCCAAAAAUGGCCUCAUCCGCUGCUUUUAUUCAUUCUCUAAUGCUUUACUUUGUUGAAGGCAUAGAUAACGUGAACUAUGAGGUAAAAUGCAAGGAGUUAUUUGAGGUACUGACAGAGGAUAACGUUCAAGUCUUCUUAAAAGUGCUUGUGGAAAAUCGAAUUUCAAAAGAUGACAUAAAUUUGGAGAUGCUUGCUGACUUGGUGUUUAAAAUCAACGAACGUUUUCCUGAAACUCGCGAACUUGCCAUCAAGGAACUCCUCAAGCCGAUCCAUAAAAUGUUCGGUUCCAUUCCAGCAAAUGGCUUUGACUACGGAAUGGAGGCGGAUUUAAGAAAUCUUGGAAGAUUUAUGGGUUUACUGACCUUAAUAAAGAAUAAAACUAUCCUCCAAUAUCACUUAGACCUGCGAGCACUUUUGAUAGAAGGCAUAAUAAAAGGGGAUAGUGCCCUUCGUUAUGCUGUUCAAUUUGUGUGCCAAUUUCUGAAAGCAAGUCAAGGCUUAGUUUAUCAUCCAUUUUAUUCUUCCAUUGUGAGAAUUUUGAGAUAUCUGAGAAUGAUCUAUGAAAAGGACGAUGUGACGAAAAUAGUUGAAACUGAGUUAACGGAAACAGAAUUACGUGUUCCAUUAGGAGAUCCGAUCAUCAAGUUUGAGCAAUCUACGGAUUCGCCAUCUAAAGAUAAUUAUAGGACAAUUGUAUAA